AUGAUAAAAAAAUAACUAUUGUAAAUUGGUUCAGCAGAUUCCUUUUUCAAUAAUCAUACAUCCUUAUAUUCAUUCCAUUCAAUUAACCCUUUUAUUCCAUAGUAUGAAGGAGAGUUUUAAAUCAAUUAUUAGAACAGAUUAGCAAUCAAAAUUUUGGCAAUAGGGUAAAAUUUCAUUAAAUUUGAUGAUAAUGUAUUAAAAUUAUUUAGUUGAUAGAAAUUUAUCAAUUUAAAGAAUGUUUGCAUGUAAAAAAUAUAUCAUCCAAAAACAGGACUAUUUGGAAUUAAACUCUCAAAAAAUGGAGUUUGUUUAGAUAUCUUUGGUUUAUCUGAUUAGUUGAUUGAAAUUAUGAAGAAGUAUACAAUACAGUUUGAUUUUGUAUUAAAGUAUUAACUAUUAAAUAAACUUGGAGAAGGAUAUUCAACAAUUGUAUAUCUUAUUAUAAAUAUUAGGUAUUUAGAGCUAGAAAUAAAUAAAAUAGAUAAGAGUAUGCAGUUAAAGUAUUUGAUAAAAAGAGACUUCUUAUAAAUAAUUUUGAAGCUAAAAAGUUCAUGAAAGAAUUAAAAAUAAUUAGAUGUUUGGAUAAUCAUAAUUUACUGAAGUUUUAAGAAAUUUAUGAAAGUAAUAAUCAUAUUUAUGUAAUAUUGGAAUUAUUAAGAGGUGAAAAACUUUCAUCAAUUGUUAAAAAACAACAUAAUUUAACAGAAUAAGAAAUUUUGACAAUAAUGAAACCUCUAUUUAAAGCUGUUCAAUAUUUGCAUGAUCAAAAUAUUUAUCAUAGAUAAAUUUGUAUUUAAAGCAUAAUAUUUAAAAAUAAAAAUGAUUUAUCGGAACCAUGCUUAAUAGAUUUUAAUUAAGCAGAAUAAAUACUUAAAGGAGAUUAAGAGGAUGAGUUCAAUAUAUUAGUAAAUCCAGAGAAACAAAUUUAGUUUAAUAUCAAAUUUGAUGUAGUAUCUUUAGGAAUAGUGAUGUACAAUUUAUUAACAGGGAGUUUGUAUGAAACAAAUUAAGUUAUAAAUGAUGCGAUGAUGUGUGAAUUUAGAGGAGUCUUAAAUUUAUAAUUUAUUGAUCCUCCAUUAUCGGAUCUAUGUUUUGAUUUUAUAAACACAAUCUUCAACCAAGGUUCCAAAUUAAAAACUUGUAAGUAAUUAUUGGCUCAUCCUAUUUUUGAUUAAGAAAAUUAGAAAACAUCUAAAAAUUUAGGAAUUCAUUUAAUUGGAAUUUUAGAUUAAAAUUCAAGUAGAUUUCAGAUAAAUUCUAAAUAAUCUCAAAGAUCUCCUAAGACAAUUAAAGUUGUUUCUCUAAAAAAAGGAUUCAAUUUCUUGUCUAAAAGUCCUUAAGAAAAAUCUAAUGCAAAUAGUGAUUACUUUGAACCUCCAAAAUCUCAUUUAAUGUUCAGAAGAGGCAGUAGAUAAAAAAGAACAUUGAAUUUUUAAUAAUAAUAAUGA